AUGAAAAGUGGUUGGGCAUUACGUGAAAAACAAAAGUUUGGUAAAAAAGGUAGUGGUAAAAGAAUUCCAAAAGAAGUUGUUAAGUUAUUAAAAGGUUAUUUCCAUAGCGAAAAUACACCUGGUAAGUCACAUUUAUCAGCUGAAGAUAUGAUAAGAGAAUUACAUAUGGCUGCAGAAAUGGGACAUUUGGCAAAAGAAAAAAUACCACAGAAAGUUGAUAUAAUUAGAGGGUGGAUCUCAAGAUAUUCAACACAUAUAAAGGUGGAAGCAGCAAAAAAAGCAUUAACUACCAGUGGUAAUUUCCAGUAA